AUGGGAAAGGAGUGUACAGAACUUGCUUGCAAGAUCUGUCGGGUUACAGGCCACGAGACCAAGGACUGUCCUAGGCCCAAAGCCUGCAACCUCUGCGGAUUGCCAGAGCACACCUUCAGGCACUGCCCCCAAAGGACCCGGACCUAUGCUGGAGCCCUGAUCCAGGGUAAACCAGCCUCCAGCUCUGGGAAGAAGCCGACCGAAAGCAAACCAAAAGAGCCUCGGAAGGCCACAGGUAAGUAUACCCCUGCCCCAGCCCCUGCCCCUGUCCUUGUCCUUGCCCCUGUCCCCGUCCCUGUCCCUGUCCCCGUCCCCUCCUCUGGCACACCCCCACCCACCCCCUCUGGCUCAGAGGAGACCCUUCCUGCCCCACCGCCCACCCCAGACCUGUCCUCCAUGGAGGACUUCCCCGCCCUCCCCCCUUCCACCCCUGCCAGUGGCCAAACAGGAGGCCGGAAACGGAAGCCUGUGAGCCCAUUGGCAGAACAACCCGCCACCUCCACCAAACGGCCCAACGGGGUCCAGCACGAAAGCGCUGGACCAGGGCAAGUAGUGGAGGACCUGGAGUCUGCAGGUGAGGAAGGCGAGGAGGAGAAUAUGGCCGACUAUGUGCCUAUCCCCACCGCCAACUUCAGUGAGACAGUUGAGGAAGUCCUGGAGGAACUGGGCAUAACCCAGAACCCAGAACAGGCAGCUGUGGAGAUGGAGGAGCCACCCGCCCCCUUCGGGGAGGUACAGUCAUCUGACCUCUCAGUGGACCCUCGGUCCCUCCUACUGGUCCGGGGGUGGCAAUUGCAGGAAUGCAGGGGUAGCCAUUCUUAUCAGGGGGGACGCUUCACGGUUGACUCCAUCCAUGAGCUUGUCUGUGGCCGUCUUUUGGUCAUAGACGGCUCGUGGGCGGGAGAGCCAAUUAGGCUCAUCAACGUGUACGCCCCCCCAGAUACGAAUGCGCGCCUGGAACUUUUCCAGACCCUGCGCAUGCAACUUGUCACCACCAGAGCAGUAGUGAUCGGCGGUGAUUUUAACUGUCCGAUAGAGGAGAAUGGCCGCAGUUCUAGCAUAUACGCAAAACUUGAUGCUACUUCUAAACUGCUCAAGGAGAUGAUCUCGGAGGCAUCCCUACGGGACGCCGUGGGAUCCAUAGGGCAAGGUACCGUGAAUUAUUCAUGGUGCCGACCCGAUGGAUCUGUGCGUUCCAGGAUUGACUUCGUGCUCACUUCAAGAGCAGUCAAGCAUCGUGAGUUCUUCAUGAUCCCCUGCUUUUUCUCUGACCACAGGGCCAUUCACUUUCGGGGUGAACUGGGCGAGAGCUUUGCUCACGGACCAGGUUCCUGGAAGCUGAAUACCACCCUGCUGGAAAAUGAGGAAUUGAUGGGGGAACUCCGGGAGGCCUAUGCCUCUUGGACGGAGGAAAAGAGAUUCUUCGGAAUGGUAAGUGAUUGGUGGGAGGUUGUGAAAGUUAAGCUGCGCAGCUUCUUUCAGGCAAGGGGACGACAGCAAGUGUGUGCAAGGAAGAAGGAACUCAGGAGACUGCAACGUGAGUUGCAGUCCCUGCAGGACCUUCACCACUGCGGCUGGGACGUUAGGCAGGACCUGGAGGACACCAAGAAGAGCCUGAAAGGGUACUUUGAGGAAGAAUCCAGGCACAUUGUCUUCCGUGCCAAGGUGGAGAAUCUUGAGAAAGGUGAGAAGUGUAACUCUUUCUUUUUCAGGAAACUCCAUUCAGGACACACUCCCUUGUCUGAACUGCGUGACGAGACCGGAACUCUCCAGAAGGGGAAGGAGGCUGUAAUGCAAGUAGUUGAAGACUACUACACCAACCUCUACUCCCCGAAAGAAACGGACUCGGAGGCAGCCGACAGGUUCCUGUCAGAGCUAUUCGCCCAAAGCAUCAGACGGAACCCAGAGAUCAGAGGGAUUACCGCACCAGGACCGGAAAGACGGGAGGUCAAGUGCUCGCUCUACAUGGAUGACGUGACGGUGUUCUGUGCCGACCAGCGCUCCAUCGACACACUCGUCCAGACGUGCGAGGACUUCGGCCAAGCUUCGGGGGCAAAGGUCAACUGCGGGAAGUCGGAAGUCAUGCUCUUCGGAAAGUGGUUCCUGCCUUCUUCUGCACCCAUACCGUUCAGCCUCAAAGCGGAUUUCAUCAAAAUUCUUGGAGUCUGGUUUGGAGCGGAGGGCGCAGCCCUGAAGUCCUGGGAGGAAAGACUGGCUAAGAUGAGACAGAAGUUUGGACUUUGGAGCAACAGAGUACUUACCAUCGAAGGGAAAACACUGGUACUCCGCAGCGAGAUUCUCCCUGUGUUGCAGUACCUCGCCCAGGCCUGGCCCCCCCAGGACAACACCUGCAAGGCCAUCACCAGGGCGGUGUUUCACUUCAUCUGGGGCUCCAAAAUGGACAGAGUAAAGCGGACUGUUAUGUUCAAGGAACCUCUCAAGGGCGGUAAGGGCGUGCCUGACAUCGCCACAUUACUGAGGGUGUUCUUUGCCUGUAACUGCAUCCGCAGGACUUUGGUUGACAGAACUGUGGACUCUGGCGGUAACUCCAUGUCCCGUUUUUUCCUCCUGCCUCUUUGGAAGUCUCUUGGAUGGGACAAAUGGGACAGUUCCAUCCCCUACAACUGGGAUGCUCCAUGGUAUUACUUGGAUACUUUCAAGUUCAUCAAGGAGCUGGGGCUGCAUGGAGUUAAGCCCGACUUGUGGAAGCCAAAAACUAUCUACAAGUUGAUCAGAGCAUCGGACAUCUUGGAGUCGAUUCCAGGCCUCCCUUCAGCCACUUGCAAAGUGGUUUGGAGGAAUGUUUCUUCAAAGAGACUCAUCAACAGGCACAAAGAUCAGGCAUGGAUGGCAAUCCAAGGGGGAUUCCUACUCAGGACAUUCUUGCAUGCCAGAAACCUGUGCAGAUACAGGAUUCGGUCAUCCUUUGUAAUUAUCGUCUUCUGCGACUUCUUGAAAUUAAACUGUUUGGAGCGACCUGUUUAUGUCAGAGGAAUGAAGUGA